AUGCCAGACCGACGGGCUGCGGCCAUGUUGGACUGUGAGGACAACGAGAAAAUAGGAAACUCCAACUGCAAACAUUGCCAAGCAAGUGGAGAUAAUCAGCAGCAACAACGUUACUGGGACAUCCAACUGGACCAGGAUCUAUUGGAAACCAUCGUCAGCAUUUAUCCAGAGUGGUUCAAGGACUGCAAUAUGAAUGUAGCUACCAACGGCCAUGAAGGAACAGAAAAUCACUCCCUGUGCAUACCCCUGACAUCAUCUGAAUCGAAAGGGUCCGUCAAACAGGAAAACGGAGAAUCUCUUCAUCGGAACAUUGACAAGAACAAAGAAUCCCUCAAGUCUCCUCCAGCAUUCCAUGAACAAAGACAAAAGUUGGAGCGGGCCAAAAUGGGCGAUAUCCUAAAGAAUAAAAUUCAAAAGAGGCCAGACAGACAGGAAUUAAUUCAGCAACAUAUUCUAGAAGAUUCGUGUAUUGACGCCAGUCUUCAGGAUAAGCAGAGGCAGCUAAAACGAGCUCGUCUUGCUGAUGGGUUAAAUGAUCUUAUAGCACAACGACCUGGCCCUUUAGAACUAGUGAAAGUGAACAUUUUGCAUACAGACGAGAUACUAGCUCAAGCUGUCAGAGAGGGUGGCUUGCACUUCAAGAAUACCUGUGACAGUCCAUCUCCCCUGAUGCGGGUUAGCCUGGACGAGGACAGCGGGAGCGACGGAGCGUUCUCGCCCUCGCCUCCUUACGACUUUAGUGAACAUUCCCAAGGCAGCUUGCCAUCAUUGGAAGCGAGUGAGCCAUCUCCAAACCUAAACCAAGGUUCACCGUGUUCAGCGGUCACAUCGUUUUCCAUGUCGCCGCCAAGUUCUGUGUCUUCCCCAAUGUCCGUCCUUCCAUCCGUAGUGUCGCCCCAGUCCGCUCAUGAACACAUAUCCUCUGACUAUAUCGUCCACUUACAACAGCAUCAUCAUCAGCAGCAACAACAACAAAACAGUAACUGUAAAGAUUUGUCGCCCAGUAGUAAGAAUAGAAAGAAAACGAAGCCCAAAACUCAGCCGAAGGCGAGGACAAUCAAAUUCCAUGAAUAUAAGGGUCCACCAAAUGCUCAAAAGUCCUCCCAAGCACCUUCAUCAUCAGUUCUAACAGAAUCAUCCUACGACUUGUUACUACAACAACAGCAGCUCUUCCUUCAGUGGCAGUUGGAAUGGCAGCAAAAAUAUCCUCAAGUUGUUUUACAAACUGCUCAGCAGACUAAUGGGGACCAAGUAGGGCCUGUAACCCAAAAACCUAGUUUAACAAAUCAGACUCAACUUUUCGAGCAGCCAGCUUCACCCCAAAAACUUCUGUCAAAACUAGAAGACUUAAAAGUGAGCGAUCUGAAAGCAGAGCUAAAGAAAAGAAAACUUCCUGUGUCAGGUUCGAAGCCGCUUCUCAUAGAGCGGCUAAAAUCCUACUCUGAACUACCACAGAACAACGGCCCAUCUUUAACACAGUCAUCCCCAACAUCAUCUUCUCUGUCUCAGUCGAACGCCAGCCCUUCUCAUCAGCUGAGCGUCGGCAGCCUCCUUUUGGACAACAUGCAAACCAUUCCACCCUCGGACUUUUGCGAUGCACAAACUUUGGAAUGCAACGCGGACACCAUCAAGAGCCUUUUGAACUCUAUGAAUUCGGGGUCUCGGCCCCCUUCCACUGUGCCCCCCGUGGAUUUCGAAACGGGAAAUGGAAGCAUCGAGCUGGGAGACAUCAGCGAUUCCUCGUCCACCUCGCUGUCCAACGAAGACAUUGUCCACCUGCAGCAAAAGUGCAUCGAGAAACUGCAACGGGAAUUGGAAAGGUCCCAAAUUCAGUUGCAGCAGUCAAUUAUUUGCCAUCAACCGGUUCCCUCAGCAGUGACGACACCUACCAACAAGUCGAACAUUCAAGUGCCUUAUUCUGAAUCAAACGCUUCACAAUCGACCUGUGCCACAAGUGCCACUAACUCGCUGUCCACUAAUGGUGAUAAUGGAGAUGUUCCCUCUAACGCAGACAGUAAGGCUGCCCAAAGGCAGCUGAUUCAUCAAUACCUCCAACAGAAGAUUCAUCAACAGCAACUACAAAUGCAAAAACAAAGACUACUACAAGAUUCACAAAAACAAGACAACUCAUCCACGGCACCAACAACGUCAUCAUCCACAAACCCCAAUUCUACGCUGACGGCGCUUUUAGAAAGCAAACCCAUGAACUCUGACAUCAAAGACUUGAACUUGACCACGUCGACGAAAGCAGUCUCAUCAUUUUCGUCGUCAGUCAUGUCCACGCGUGCAAUAAAGGUGAAACAGACUGAUUUGGAUGAAGACUCCUUUCCCGGUGUUAUACCCAUCUCCAAGACUGAAGAGGCGGAUGAUAUUGACGCCGAUUUCUCAGACGUUGCAGACUUGCUGGUCGGCCAUUCCACAUCCGAUUCAAUACAGACGAAAACGCCUGUUGUAUCCAUCCCGAAUGGAAUUUCCAACAGGUCUUCUUCAUUGCCAAGCUUCUCAGCUCUUCUGUCUGUGAAACCCGCCCCAACACGAAGUAAUACAGAUCCUCAAUUUUUAAUAGCUAGACCACCUCCAGAUUAUAAUGAAGCUACGAGGCAUCUGAACAAAGCAAAACAACACCACUUGUCAUCUAAUGAAGACGAUGGAAACCCACGUCAAAGUAAAAAGCACAAGUCUUCCGUAAAAUGCCAAGCAGUUGAUGAUGUUCUAGAAAUAUUAAUCAAAAAUGGAGAACUACCCCCCAGUGCAGCUCAAGAACCUACUACCCCUAUUUCAACGAAAAGCGAACAAAUCCCUCUCCAAAUAUAUCCAGAAACUACUAGCAAUAGCUCCAUGUUCACUAAACCCAUGACAACUACCUCACUGUUGACUUCCAACUCUGCACUGACUUCUAGUUGCAAAGACGUCAUCACAAGUUCUCCAGAACUACAUCUCUCGCUGCAGUCGGUCCUUGACAUGACUCCUCCUUCCUCUGCGGGUUUCGGCGACACGGGUUCGGCGCCUACUUCGUCCUUAGACUUUGACUUUACUUUAGAUAUGCAAGACAUAGAGUCUAUGGAGCUGGAACCUUUAGAAAGUCACGGAGUUACUCCCAGCUCAGAUCCUACUCUUCAAAUACCAGCGACAAAAGUGACUAAACCUUGUGAAGAUUUUGUUAUUAACCAUUCAAUUGGAAUAUCAAACAACUUGUUACGAUCGAGCGAGAUGACGGAUAUUCAUGACAGAAUUGCUGAUAGAGGUAUUAACUAUAUCUUCCUCGAACGCCAGAGCAUAAAGGAGCUCAAAGGACAUUUGCACGACGGCGCCGAUCAGGCUUGGCGCGGCCAUGCGGAAGGGCUGCCACUUUUUGCCGUUGACAAGUUUUUGAACAUCAUGUUGUGA